GGUCUUAUCUGAAUGGCUUGAGUAGUCGGUGGGUGGAGUUGACCUAUAUGUGGAUUUGUCUGCAGUCUUGAUUUUUUUUCACAAUCCACAAAUGUGCAGAAAGAGAUCCACAAAUGCGUGCUGCAAUUCACAAAUGUACAGAAAGCAAUUCACAAAUGAAUGCCAGGCAGAGUUGUGCUUGUGACAUAAAAACAUAUUUGUGAAUGGGGUUUUUUUUAAUUAGCAAAAUUUUUUUUUUUUCUUUUUUUUUUAUCAAUUUCUGUGAAACUCCUAACAUAUUUUUGUGGAUCUCAUUCUUUUUAUUUGUGCAUAUGAUUAUUUUUUGGGAAUCUUUUAACAUUUAUUUGUGGGUCAUAAUCUAUUUAUUUAGAAUAAUGGAACAAAAAUGCCCCCAUACUAAACACACUGAACACUUUGGGGCUCUGUUAUAAGUCAAUGAGGGGAGAGGAGGCAUGCCUCCUGCUGUAAUUUUACCUGCAGGUGUUGCUGUUGGGCAGCAUUACUUUAUAAAAACGAUGACCAUAACACUUUAUAUCACAGUUUGUAAUAUUUGCAUUGUUAUAUUUUAGUAAUAUCGAUUAUUUUCUCAUUCAGGUUUUUUUUUUUUUUUUUUUUUUGGGAGACGACACUGCCUAACUUGCCUCCUCGGAGGAAACGCCCCUUAUAAAAGGCCACUUAAGUGUACUCAAAAAGAGUACGAUUUCAUGACUGUUUCUUAAUAGGGUUGGGCCGAUAGACGAUGCCAUUGCCCAUUGCCGAUGGCUGACAGACAUCACGUGUUAAGCCGGCAUCGUGAUUCCCCCGCAACCUGCCUGCAAAAAAAACAAAACAAAAAAAACAAUCACACUGUAUCGCCCAGUGCAUGCUUUCAAGUUCCGUGCAGUUACUUCGAAUAAUUAACACUUUUUUUCUGAUUAGGUAAUAAUAACAUAAUGAAGUUGUUCCCGAUCACAAUACAAAUUACAUUCAAAACAGUUCAAUGAACACAAUUUAAACAGUAAAGAUUUAAUUGUGCAAAAAAACGGCAAACAAAUUAUAGGCUACUAGAUGUUUACACGAACUAAACCACUGAUAUUCCGCAUCCGGACCACGGCAUGUUUCCAUCCGAACCGCAAGACCAAAUGGUAGCACCAUUUUACUGUUUCUAGUUGAAGUGAGCAGCGUGUCAAAAUAUCGGUGCAGAUUACACCACAAGCACUCAGGAUUGUUUGUGGUAAUGAUAUUUUACUGCUAUAUCCUCUAGUAGUUUUAUCUAAAGCCAGACGUGCUUCAUUCAAGCCCUUUCAGCUCCGUGUGCACUCUCUUUUUCCAGAUGCGUGCCACAUUAACGGUGCGUGUCCACUGUCGCGGAGCAGAGCGUGCGUUUUUAUUUCAUUCCAAUGGAAGUUGAGCUUAACGCUUAAACGCAAACCAACCCCCCUCCCCCCAUCGUGAUGUUUUACUGUAGACAUCGUCUGAUGCCAAAUUGGUAUACGUUGCCCAACCCUAUUUCUUAACACACUUAAGUAUUACUGCUUCACAACAUGGUCUAGUUAUAGCAAAAACCUUAAAAUGGAGACAGUCUCUUACCCCUAAAUCUUGAAGACAAAUAUUCCUUGAAACCAGAGUCAUAAGAUUAACCCCUUAGCAUUCCUGUAAAAUUAGUAGAGAUCGACCGAUACAUCAAUUUACCGAUAUUUUCCCCGAUAUUUAAGCAUUUUACCAUAAUCGGAUAUCGGUUUUGUAAUAUUGGAUAUACCGAUAAACGCCUCCAUCUUGUGGGUGUUUUGAGAAUUGCGCGCAGGAUCGCCAUUACAGCGCAUCUGAGGGGAGACGAGACAAUGGCGUGCACAGGUAAAGUAUACUUACCUGCUUUGCUGUAAUUAGUAAACUUUAUAACAGCCAUUAAUGCACAAAUUAGAUGACUGACUAAGCCUGGUUUCUCCCAAGGUUUUUUUCUCCAUUUUAACACCUAUUUGCCACCUGUUUGCCACCUGAUGUCACCUGUUGGAGUUUGGGUUCCUUGCCGCUGUCGCCUUUGGCUUGCUUAGUUGGGGACACUUGACAUUUGACAUUUGAUAUUCAACAGUGCUUUGCAUCUGCAUACAUUGACAGCAUUUUGUUUAAGAGCUGCUGUGCAGCCAAAAUUAUAUACCAUUUAUCACUGUAAAGCUGCUUUGACACAAUCUGCAUUGUAAAAAGCGCUAUAUAAAUAAAGGUGACUUGACUUGACUUGACUUAAGCCUGGUCAGUAUCUUGAUGGGAGACCUCCUGGGAAAACUAGGUUGCUGCUGGAAGAGGUGUUAGUGAGGCCAGCAGAGGGUGCUUUCCUUGCGGUCUGUGUGGGUCCUAAAGCCCCAGUAUAGUGAUAGGGACAGUAUAUUGUCUAAAAGCACCGUCCUUCGGAUGAGACAUUAAACCGAGGUCCUGACUCUCCGAUUAAAAAUUCCAGGAUGUCCUUCGAAAAGAGUCAAGUCAUCUUUAUUUAUAUAGCGCUUUUUACAAUGCAGAUUGUGUCAAAGCAGCUUUACAGUGAUAACAGGAAAAUAACUUGCACAGCAGCUCUAGAAGAAAAUGGUGUCAUUGUCCAUCUUAAGUAAGUUCAGUAUUGAUUCAUUCCAUUGUAAAAAUGAUUAGUUAUUAAUUUUGUUAAUUUAUCUAUACAGCAGCUCUGGAUAAAGCAGUGAUGUCAUUGUCCAGCUCAAUUCUGUUUGCAUAGAAUGGUGUCAAUGGAGGCAGAUCAAAAACAUUGUUGAAUAUCAAGUUGAAUAUCAAAAGUCCCCAACUAAGUAUGCCAGAGGCAACAGCAUCAAGGAACCCAAACUCAAUCACGUGACAAAAAUGAAAAAAAAAAAAAAAAAAUCCUUGGGAGAAACUAGGCUCAGUCAGGGGGCCAGUCCUCCUCUGGCCAACAACAAACAGUGCAUGAUUGUGAUUCAGGCAGCGCUACUGGUCAUAAAUCAGAUUAGGAUUGGAAACAGUCAAAAUAUUUAAUCCAGUUCCAUCUGGUUGAAGAUCAGAUUAUCACGCUGACAUGGAAACGGUUUUGUUGACGAUCUGUGCCACUGGCUGUCGUGUCGAUGAGGCCUUCACAGGGGAUAGUUGAGACAAUCUAGCUGACACUUCAGGGAUGUGUUGUGGUCGUGUCUAGGUGCAGGUCCUCCAUAUGAUCUGGAUACCGCCCGGAUCCGGCUGACUAUGGUAAACCUCGGGAUAAAUAGAGAGACUAAUAUUAGCGUAGAUGCCAUUCUUCUUAUGAUGUAACGAGUACAUCGGGCGUUAUAGGAAGUGUUCCCGGUUCCGGCUGACCUAAUUUAUGUAACCUAACAAUCCUUUAACGGAUGUGAAAAUAUAAAUGGAUAAUGUGUUAUUUGUAUGCCAGGUUAAAGAGAUGCCAGAUUAAAGAGUAGGGGUGUAACCCCGGCAUCCUGGCCAGAUUUGCCCAUUGGCCUCUGUCAAUCAUCAUGGCCUCCAAAUCAUCCCCAUAUAAAUACUGAUUAGCUUCAUCACACUCCACCAAUGAGCUGGUGUGUGGUGGGCAUUCUGGCGCAAUAUGUCCGACCGUUGCAUCAUUGAGGUUGAUGCUGCACAUUGGUGGUGGUUAAGGAGAUUCCCUUCUUACAUGUAAAGCGCUUUGAGGGCCAAGAAAAAGUGCUAUAUAAAUGUAACAAAUUAUUAUUAUUAAAUGAUUACAAAUGAAUAAAUGGGAAAAAAAGGAAAUAAAACAACAUGAAUCGAAGUAUGGUUGUUCUCUUGAACUAUGUGCUUCCAUUUUAAGUGUCUUAUUAUAACCACAUUUUUUUGCUUAAAGAGGUAUAAAGGUAAAUGUAUUCAUAUUUACAUUCAGAAAUGCAUGCAUAUAAUGAAAAAUCUUUUCUUCACAAAAAUACAUUUUUAAAUGAAUGAAUCAUUUGAUAUGGAAUCAUUUGACAGACUGAAUCGAACAGAAUUCAACAAUAAGACAACUCGCUUCAUUAUGUCAAACUUAUAAUAACAGUUCUCAACUCAAUACAUGUCCUUUUUUGCACCUUGCACCUCUAUUAUUACUUGUUUCUAUAGGAGAGCAGAUGUUCAAUGUAGGGGGCAGCACCAGCCCAUGGAAGAAUCCCUGUACAUCUAAACUCAGUGACAGCGAGCUGAGGGAUACAAUGUGCACUCGCUGGGAGGAGGACAACAUACCAAGUUCUCUGAUUUUAGAGGAGGUGGAACGGAUGAGUGUGUGCGAGCUGGAGGUUGAUGCCGUGGCUGCUGAUGUUCUCAACCGUUUGGAGAUUGAGAAUCAGAUUGGUAGAAACCCUGGUCUCCAGGCCAUCUGGGAUGAUGAGAAACAGCGACGACGGGAGAGAAGUGAAAGCUCUCAUAUUGACAUGCCUGAAUCACAAGAUCGAGGCUUUGUAGAGUUUGCAGAGAGUGAAAGAAUCUUCAUGAAGAGGUUUAAGGAAAUUCUCAGGGAAAAUGAAUUUGAUGUGACUCAGACUGGGUCUGAAGUUGAUUCUUUUCCUGAGCUCUCACUCUAUCCUGCUGUGCUAAGCCCAGAUGAGUUGCCUUGCAUACCUGCCAGCCAAGUUGAUGUGCAUCAAGAUGCAAUCAAAGAUACAAAAAGGCAUGGUGGGAAAGAUGCUGAAGUGGCAGUUGUUGAUGAAGAGGCCAUUUUGAGUUUGUUGGAAAACAGUCAGACCUUCCUCCCUCUGUCUCAGAGACCCAACCAAUCAGCAAUACUUGACAGCAGUCAAGACCAGGCCAUGGUUGAUCUGCUAGAAGCAUUGGCAGAUGAUGGAUUUAGAGCCAACAGGUCCAGAACAGUGUCCCAGCAGCUGUCUGCUAGCUGCAUCUAUAACAGUGAUGAUGAGGAAGCUGGGCCUGAAUUGGAGAAAAGAGAGUCAGAGCUCAGUAAAAUCAUGUCACAAAGAUGGGACAGUGACGUGCCAGAAAAUUCCUCUGCCUGGAAAAGAUUAUGUAUGAAAGAAGCAAAUGAAAGCUCCAGCGAAGAGCAGCAAGCCUCAUCAGAUGAAGAGGUGUAUUGGAAUGAAAACAGUGCACUCCCAACUGACUUGUCGAUUCCACAGUUGGAUGGAGCUGCAGACGAGAAUAGUGAUUCAUCACUAACAGACAAAGGACCCCGGACACAUUCAUCUCUAACAGCAACAGAAAAGAUCCUUGGUAGCAGAAAUGUUUUUCCAAAUGAAGCUGUCCUUAUGGAGCCACCUUCCUCUGCUAAAAUUGUUCUUGAGUACAAAUGUGCUGAACAGAGACUCAAUCAAGAGGAUUUAGCGGAUAAGCAUUUAAAAAGUCAAGAGGCAAACGAAUGUUCAGCUGGAUUAAGAGUCAACAAAGAGGUGCCAUAUAUUCAACCAGUUAAACACCCAGUCCCUUCCAAUACAGCAAAUAUAUCUAAAAUUGGUGCUGAAAAAAUAGGUGUGCACCCUUUGUACACUGAUGAAAACCAAGCCACUGGCCUUAAUCAGCCAGAUCCUGAUGAUUCAAUGUUUGGAAACUCUAAGCUUGCCCAGAGCAUAAAAAAAUAUACCAGUAUUAAAAAUUUGGAAAAGAACCAUUUAUCUAUCCUAGAAAAUCACAGGAGCUUCUCUGUAUGUUAUUCUGAGCUGAUAAACUGCCCCACCAAGACUGAAAUGGAGCUCAAUCCAAACGACUGCAGAAGGUCUAUGAUAAGUUUUGACCAGACACAAAGCCCUGUGGAAGAGAGCCAAGCUUUGGGCCCUCAAGAAGCUGAGACAGGACAGAGGAGAAAAGAGGAAGAUGUUGGCGAACUGAAAAUAAGAUACGAGGACUAUCAAGAGAAUAAAACUGAGAGGACCAUUGUGGCACAGCAGGAGGCACACUACAAAUUUUUCCCCAGCGUUAUUCUGUCUAAUUGCCUGUCCAGACCCAUUAAAAAACAGGCCUGGAGCAAGACAGGGGAUGGUUGCUGUACAUUAGACCUUCCUGAACAGCGAAGGUCAAGGUUAAAGUUGACCAAAAAAAGAACAACUUUAGGUCAAAAAAGUCCUGUGAGGACUCCAUCUCCUAUGGAAGAAGCCACAGUGCUUCCUUCCAUCACUUCAGGCUUUCUCUACCAGAAAGAAAUAUAUAAGGAGGUUGACAUGAAAACUUCAGAUCCACCAACUAUUAAUGUUUUAACUGAGAGCUCAGUAGAGGAGGAACUUGCGGAUGUUCCCACCAAAGUCUCUUGCACAAAGGUGUCCAGUUUGCCAGGUAGCAAAUAUACCUUGCGGACAAAAAGAAAAAGAAGUUACGACAGUGAAAAUGGAGAUCAUGCAAGCUCUGGUACUUUCAAACAAGCUUUGGUGCAACAUGAAGGCUUUAAAGGCAAAGAUCAUGUCUUCAGCCAAAAAAAGAAGAAACUGGCUAAAAAAGAGCCACCCAUCAUCAUCAAAUAUAUAAUCAUUAACAGAUUCAAAGGUCAGAAGAACAUGCUAGUGAAGAUUUCUAAAAUUAAUGCUGAGGAAACUCACACAGUUUUAACACCAGAUAAGCUUGCCAAAUACAAAAGGCUUGCUCCUCUCAAAGAAUUCUGGCCCAAAGUGCCAGAGUCUACAGCAGUGAAGUACCCGCUACUUGAGCCAAAAGUAAAGAAAUGUCCCAAAAGAAAAGCCAAGGUUAAUCCAAUAUCAAAGAGGGCCAGCACCUCCCCAAAAUCUAGGUGUCCACAAGCUAAUCAGACUAGGAGGGCAAAGCGCCCCAAAGCAUCAUUAACUUUGCCAAAAUUACCUCCUUCAUGGCCUUGUUAUAAUGAUUUCACUGAUGACUACUGUACAGAGUAUUCUGAUGUGAUGAUGGAGUUGGGCUAUUUGUCAGAAAGAGCCCCCAGUCCUACUGAUUCAACCCCUCCGAGAUGUUGGUCUCCUACUGACUCUUUAUUGGGAUCAAAUUCAAAUGAUCAUCUCAUAAACCCACAUAAUGAUCCAUAUCUAGGUUCACCCUAUCAAGUACUGACUUCAAAACCAUACCGAAGAGGUCUUUGGGAUAGAAGCAGAACACCCAGGCCUAAAAAGGUUUCUGCUACCAGCCCAAAAAGACGAAUUAAUACCACAACAAAGUCAGUGAACAAAGAUUCUGUGAAAACUGAGGAGUCACAAAGAAGUAUUCUAGCAGCUUCAAGGAGGCAUAAAAAACUUUGUGAAGGUAUUGCAGGGACUGUUCUCGGAGAUGGCACAUCUACUUCUCAGAAAGGCAAGAUUCUGAAUGAGAAGCAAAUUUUGAGAAAAAAAACAGUCCAAGGUCAGGAGAGUAAUAAUUCACAGGCUUCGCAUUCAGUUGACAUUGCAUCUGUUACUUCCUUAUCUGAUGACAUAACUCCUUUCCAACAUCCCAGUUUUCAAAAAAGUAGUCAAGAGGGUCUUACUGUCAGUUGUUCAGACUCCCAAACAGAGGUCAGCAGCAUUGGAAAAAAGUCAAAUCAAGAUGUUUUUGUCAUCAAUGCCAUUUCCUCAAAUGACUCACAAAAAGACUCUCAAAAUAUCCCCAAUACCUGUAUCGAAAAAUCUCUGAAUAGUAUUCUUUCCCCAGCCACAAUGUCUGUAGGUCUGCCAUGUUCUGUCAUCACAUAUAGCAGUUCCAUUUCAAAAUCACAAAAUACUAGUCAAGAUGGGACCAUUACAAAAAAUCCCUAUGAAUUCAAAUCAGAUGCCUCUGGCCAUGAAGAGAGCCCCAGUAUCAUACAGCAUUCGCAAUCAAACAGAAAAAACACAAAAUCAAGAAGACUGCAAACAAGAAAGAAAGAUAAUGUAACAACUUUAUUGGAGUCUGUUAAUUGUAGAUCCUCUCUUAUGUCCUCUGUUAAGAGUGCAAUUAAUGAUGGAUCUUACAGAGGUCUCACAUUGCCCUCAGACCUUAAGAAUAGGGAUAUGUGUGUUCCUGAGAUCCCUUCUGGGCUGGCUGUCUUGAAGGAGCUUCUCCAGAAGAGGCAACUCAAGGCAGGAAAGGAACCACAUAAAAGUGAUCAUGUGACUGAGGUUGUGUUUUCCACUAGUCAAUCUACUGAUAUUUCCAAAGCAGCCAAAUCUAGAAGAGCUCAUUCAUCAGCAUCAAGAAAACCAAGGGGUGCAAGGACUAAAGUGCCAAAAGAGUUCAAGUCCAAAAUCAGAAGUAAGGAAAGAAAACGGGAUGAUUUGAGAGUUGACUGUCUUUCAUCAGAUGACAGUCCUGUGUUUUUGUCUGAUCCUGGCUUUGACAGCUGUUGCUCUCUUGAGGAUAGCUUGUCUCCAGAGCUCCCAGGCAAUUAUAGUUUUGAUAUCAAUGCCAUUGGCCAAACAGAGUUCUCCAGUCUUUAUUCUGGUAACCAGUUUGUGUUAACUGACAAGAACUUGCCUCAGAAAUUCCUCAGUGAUGUCAGUCAGGAGGCAGUCAAUGCCCUGGUUGGGUUGGGGGACAGGACACAAAAGAUUUUUGACGUUGAUGAGAACAGCAAGAACGAACAGGACUGGAAUAAGUCUGGGCCUCUUAGUCCGGAACUCUUUGAUAAGGCAUCUUGUGAAAAUGGCAGAGUUUAUCCCAGUAAGGUAUCUCUGUCUCUGCUUGAUUCAGAAAAGAUCUUUAGCAAAGAUUGGGUGGGCUCUUUAGGUAAAAUCCAUGGCCUAAGCCACUUUCAGGACUUUCACUGUGAAAAGAGAGAUGUGUUGCUUGACCCAGAGCCCUUUUCCCCUCUUACUUCUGCUACUUUUGCUUUUAAUGGUGUUUCCCCAAAUAGUGAUCCUCUAGAUGGCAGUUUAGCAACACCAAGCAGUUCCCCACGGUCCAUCAACUCACUGUCCCAGCUGAAAAAUGGAGCUCAGAGUUCAAAGAGUGGAGGAACACACAUUCUCAAACCUCUCAUGUCUCCGCCUACUCGGGAAGAAAUCUUAGCUACUCUGAUGGAUCUGGACCUCUCAGAAGCUGCCUACCAGGAACCAUUCUGCAGUGACCCAUCAGAUGCACCAUUGAAGCCAAGGGAGGUUGGUGGUCGGAAGUUGAUUUUGGAAACCAGGCUGGUGAGCGAAUUAGUUGAAUUUCAUGGAGACUUCUCUCAAGACGGCUUACAUUUUUGGAAAGUUGCAUUUUCUGCCAUGACAAAUCAAGCCUCUGCACCAACCCAUGGGUGUAAAUCCCCUAUGUUGAUUAAGGACCAAAACCUAUCUUCUGGCAGUGAUCAAAAAAUGAUCAUGCUUCCAUGCAAGUGUGCUCCAAGCCCGGAACAGGUGCAGCUCUGGCUGCAGGCCAAAAAACAGUAUGAGUGCCUUCAGAGGGACAAGAAACAAAUAAGAGGCCAGGCAAUUGCAGAGCUGAAGCAGAGUUCAUAUGACAAGACUUCAUCUCAGAAGAAGGACUUAAAUUCACCGUGCUCAGAGAAUCAUGAUAAAAAGCAUGAAAAAGUUUCAGAGUUGCAGAGUGUCGGUAGGAAUGGCUUAAGUUUACCCCUCCUUAUCUCACCAGUUAUGGCAGCCUCAUCUGACACUAGCCCUAAGAGUGUGAAAUGUGCCUUGGACAUGGAGACAAACAAAAUUUAUCAGAUUAUCACUUCUCCAAACUCUCCUGAGAUUCCUACAUGGCAGCAAGUUGUAGCUGAGAUUAAACAAGAUGAGGACAAGGAGGAUUUUACUGAUGGAUUGCAAUCUCCUGACAUUGAUCAGCCUCAAAAUCUCAAUGCCACUGAAAAUGUACUGCCAAAGGACCACUUGAGUCCAUCACUUUUUCCCAUUAAAGACCCAGAUGUCAAAUGCUCUUACCUGCUCCAUAGCACACCUGUCCACAGGAGAAGCAGCAUUGAUGACCAUGGGUCUAGCUGUAGUCCAAUAAGAAAUGAGGACAUGGAGCCCCGAUCACAGCGGCUACAUCGGAAGAGUAACAAAAACAAAGAUGCUUUACGCAGAGUUUUGCUUACCACACAAAUGAAGAAUCAGCUUACCACUAUGAAUGUUCCAAAGAGAGAGAACUCCCAGAUUGAGGGACCUUCAAUCUGUAAUUCAUAUGGCUUUAAAGUCAGCAUGCAGAACUUGCAGGAGGCCAAAGCAUUGCAUGAGGUACAGCACCUCACACUGAUAAGCAUGGAGCUCCAUGCAAGGACUCGUCGUGACCUUGAGCCUGACCCUGAAUUUGACCCAAUUUGUGCUUUAUUCUACUGCCUCAGUUCUGAUGUCCCUCUCCCCAAUUCUGACACUACUCAGAUGACGGGGGCCAUUGUCAUUGAUAAAGAUUGUUGUGCUUUAUCUGAAGCCUCCAGGAGCACAGCGCCCUUUCUUUUUAGAUCUGGUGUGACAGGACUGCAGGUCACCUAUGCCAGUGAUGAGAAGGAGCUGUUUGAAGAGAUCUCUAACAUAAUUAGAAAGUAUGAUCCAGACAUUCUGGUUGGCUAUGAGGUCCAGAUGCACUCUUGGGGUUACUUACUGCAGCGUGCUUCAACACUCGGUGUGGACCUGUGCCAGCAGCUUUCCCGUGUGCCAGGGGAUGCAAAGGAAAAUCGGUUCAUGGCAGAAAAAGAUGAAUAUGGUGCAGACACUAUGACGGAAAUCCAUAUUAUUGGACGCAUUGUCCUCAACUUGUGGAGGGUUAUGAAGACUGAGGCUGCAUUGAAUAACUACACUUUUGAGAAUGUGGCUUUCCACCUCCUGCAUCAGCGCUUUCCUCUCUACAGCCAUCGCACACUCUCUGACUGGUUUGACCACAACACACACCUGCACAGGUGGAAGGUGGUGGAUCAUUAUGUGAGCCGUGUGUGUGGCACAGUCCAGUUACUCCAGCAGCAGGAUAUUAUUGGCAGGACAAGUGAGUUGGCACGUGUGUUUGGAAUUCAGUUCUACCAUGUGCUAACCAGGGGCUCACAGUACCGUGUGGAAUCAAUGAUGUUAAGGAUUGCAAAGCCAUUGAAUUACAUUCCGGUGACCCCAAGCACACAGCAGCGUGCCCAGCAAAGAGCCCCACAGUGCAUUCCGCUUGUCAUGGAGCCAGAAUCGCGUUUCUAUAGCAACUCGGUCAUUGUAUUAGAUUUCCAGUCACUGUAUCCAUCCAUCAUCAUUGCCUAUAAUUACUGUUUCUCCACCUGCCUCGGCCAUGUUGAGAAUCUUGGAACGUGUGAUGAGUUCAGGUUUGGUUGCUCAUCUCUCAGAGUCCCUCCUGACCUCCUAUACCAACUCAGAAAUGACAUCACCAUUUCUCCCAAUGGUGUUGCAUUUGUUAAGUCAUCAGUGCGGAGGGGUGUCCUUCCACGUAUGCUGGAGGAGAUUUUGAAGACGAGGAUCAUGGUGAAGCAGUCCAUGAAGGCGUACAAGAAUGACAAAGCUCUGUUGCGCCUACUGGAUGCCAGGCAGCUUGGCCUCAAACUUAUUGCUAAUGUCACAUUCGGUUACACUGCUGCCAGCUUCUCAGGACGAAUGCCUAGCGUUGAGGUAGGUGACAGCAUUGUGCACAAGGCCCGAGAAACUUUGGAGAGAGCCAUAAAGAUGGUUAAUGACACCAAGAAGUGGGGAGCGCGUGUGGUCUAUGGAGAUACAGACAGUAUGUUUGUGUUUUUGAAAGGAGCAACCAAGGAACAAGCAUUUAAGAUUGGUAAUGAAAUUGCAGAGGCUGUCACUGCCACCAACCCUAAACCCGUCAAACUGAAAUUUGAGAAGGUGUACCUCCCAUGCGUGUUACAGACUAAGAAGCGUUAUGUUGGAUACAUGUAUGAGAGUUUGGAUCAGAAAAAUCCAGUGUUUGAUGCCAAAGGCAUUGAAACUGUACGUCGUGAUGGCUGCCCUGCUGUUGCCAAGAUUCUGGAGCGAUCGCUGAAGCUGCUUUUUGAGUCUCGUGACAUCAGCCAAGUGAAGCAGUAUGUGCAGCGGCAGUGUGUGAAGGUGCUAGAGGCCAAAGCCAGCAUGCAGGACCUCAUCUUUGCCAAAGAGUACAGGGGCAGUGGAUCGUACCGACCAGGGGCCUGUGUCCCUGCUCUGGAACUUACCAGGCGUAUGAUGGCGUAUGAUCGACGUUUGGAGCCACGUGUUGGUGAGCGUGUGCCAUAUGUUAUUGUGUACGGUAUGCCAGGAGUGCCGCUCAUACAGCUGGUUCGGCGUCCUGUAGAGGUACUGCAGGACCCCAGCCUGCGCCUCAACGCCACCUACUACAUCACCAAGCAGAUCUUGCCACCACUUGCACGAAUUUUCAACCUGAUUGGAGUAGAUGUGUUCAGUUGGUACCACGAGUUGCCGAGGGUACAAAAGGCAUGGAGCUCUGCAGGGGGUGGAGGAGGAGAUGAGGGCACAAGAAAGGGCACCAUCUCGCAGUACUUUACAACACUGCAUUGCCCAGUUUGUGAUGAGCUGACACAGCUGGGAGUGUGUGAGCGUUGCCGGGCUGAACCGCAGGUUGUUGCUGUCCACCUACACCAAGAAUUGCGGCUUUGGGAAAGCCAGCAAGACCAGCUCCUAAAGGUAUGUAGAAGUUGCAGUGGCAGUGCAGAGCGUCAGGUGCCAUGCGUCUCAUUGGACUGCCCAAUACUCUACAAAUUAUCUCGUGUCAAUCGGCAUCUUUCCCGAGGACCAUACCUUCGCCAGCUGUUGGAGCAGUUCUGAUAGUCCAGCAAUUUGCCUCCCUUUCAUUUUACUCUGGUGCUAUUAACACUGUGCCAUUCAGCACAAUUUCUAUGUAUUAUAGUUUGAAAAGGUGCUUUUUUUUCCCCUAUGUGACCUUCGAGAGUUUCCAUCUUAUACUGUUUGACUGGUACUGCAGUGCAGUGGGACUAAAGAGGCCUUAAAUACAGAAAAGAGGAGGAUGAUUUUGAUGCCCUGUGUUUGUAUUGCUUCGUAGUUGUUGUCUGAGUGUUCAUUAAUUUGGUACAUUUCUGCAGAUUGACAGGUCAAACAUUUACAGCAUAAUCCUCUAUAAACUGAACCUCAUACUGUAGCAAUUUGUAAAGAGGUUCAGUUCUGGCUAUAAAUCUUGUGAGGCAAUGUUUGACUGCAAUUAUUUUUCCCCCUGUAAAAUCAGUAUCUUGUAAAUAAGCCUUGCAUAUGAUGAUCCAAAAUUCUGGCUGUGAGCACUGAUGAAAAAAAAAAAAAAAAAAAUGGAGGGUUUUUUUUUUUUUUUAAUACCCUGCUUAUGAAUUCUACAUGCUUUCUCUGUCCAUUCUCUACAGAGGCAAGUCUGAAGACAAGCAAGUCAGUAUCAGCCUUAACUUGGACUUCAGCAAUAUGUUUAAUAAUUUAUAUUGUCUGUGUGCACAAUUGUACCUUUUUUUUCUCCUUUUAAAGUACUUUUCUAAUGCUUUCUCUAUUCUAAACCAGACAUUGUUACCCAGCUAUGUAAAAACUCAAGAGCUUCCAGAGCUCUGUAACCUGUUUUUGUAAACUUGUAAAAACUUAAGGUGCUUUGUUUUUAAAGAACAUUUGUGGGUGGAGAUUUAAUAUUGAUAUAAUAAAAGUCGAUGUAUUUAAAAAA